UGGACAUGGUCAGUGCACCAUUUCGGAUGGAGAGAAUGCACCUGUAUGUCAACUUUAAUGAUCCUACUAACUUCUUCAGACCUUCUCUCAGAUCACUGCUGGUGGAGCAUAUUUUAAUAAAUAUAGAUUUACGCUAUGUUGGAAUGAAGGCCGCCAGUAAAUUUCAACGAAGUGAAGAUGCUCAGCAAGAAAUACUUGAUUUACUUAGGACUUCAUCAAAUUCUGUGGGCAACUGUUGGGGUUGUAUCAAAGAGGAAACAGAACUUGGAGACAUGCAGAAAGUUGGUUUGGACUAUAUGAGGAUGGAAGGGGUGUACACGGACCGGUUCACUUUACACGAGGAGUCCCAUUACGAUCCCGAUGAUAAAGAAAAAUCAAAAAUAGAAAAUCUACCAACGGACCUUGAAACGCUGAAGACUGAUCCCCGGCUUGAUAUGCAAUUAACAUGGACAAAGAUAUACAAGUUUCAACCAUUGUGGAAAAUACGAAACUAUUUUGGAGAGAAAAUUGCUUUCUAUUUUGCGUGGUCAGGAACAUUGGUUACAACAUUAUGGGCACCAAUGAUUUUCGGAAUUGCUGUGUUCAUCUACGGCCUGGUAGAAAGCAUAAAGGAGACAAACAAAACAUCAACUACAACAUCAACAUCAAGUUCUAACUCCACUAUAGCAGACCUGUUCAAGAAUAUCAAAGGAUCAUUUGACAAUGAUGUGACUCCAUUCUUUGCAAUGUUCAUUAGUAUAUGGGGCACAUUAUUUUUAGAAAUUUGGAAAAGAAAGCAAGCCGAAUUGGCUUAUCAGUGGGAUGUAGAACAGUUUGAAGAGACUGAGCCUGACAGACCUGAAUUCUAUGGAACUAAAGUUAGGAAGGAUCCAGUCACGUAUGAAAAUGAUUGGUACUACCCAUCAGCAAGACGGGCAUGGAAAUUGUUUAUAUCUGCAAUGACAUUGCUCUUUAUGGUUAUGUUAGUGCUGGCCAGUGUAAUGGGCGUAAUAGUGUAUCGUGUGGUUGCCACGGUGGACUACUGCCCUGAUUUACCGGACAGUGAAUGUUUGUUUGUGGCAACAAUAGUUUCUUCACUGCUCAACGCUAUAUCUAUUCUUAUACUUGGCAAAGUUUACGACCUUCUUGCGGUCAAACUCACAGACUGGGAAAAUCAUCGAACACAGACUAUGUACAAUGAUGCUCUUAUAAUCAAGUUGUUUGCCUUCCAGUUUGUGAACAACUAUUCCUCAUGCUUCUAUAUUGCAUUCUUCAGAGGGAGAUUUGACAAUUCAGGUAUUUUAGGGUAUGGUAGAGAGUACAAGGACAGUUGUGAAGAAACCUGUAUGUCACAAUUGUCAUUCCAAGUAAUGAUAUUGAUGAUUACUAAACCAAUUCCAAAAAUUCUCAAGGAUCUUGUCAUUCCGUAA